AUGCACAGAGCCAAUGUCACUCGCGACCUUUCUCUUGCGAAGGUCGAUGAACACAGUACUGGCCCACAGGUGACUGUAAAGUAUGGCUUGCUUGCAAAUAAAAAUUCAUUACUCUUUACAAAACUUCCCAACUCUCUCUUUUCAACAACAACAUCAACAACAACAUCAACAACAACAUCAACAUCAACACCAAUGACCCCACCAUCAUCCCCCAUUGAUGGCGCUUUUGUCACCUCUACAAAACCAAGUUGUAAUUCUACCACUUGCUGUGCAAUCCACGACGAGGAAACUAGAUCUGCUCGUAAGGCUUCUACAACUUCACUUACCUCAUCAGCUUCCUUUUUAAGUCUUUCCAGUUGGGCAAGUACUUCGACAAAAUGUAGUUCCAUUUUUUCUUCUUUUUCUUCGACUCGUACUCCAAGUACUGGCAAAUCAGUCUCAUCUCGUCAGCAACAACAACACCAACAACACCAAUACCAAUCUACACAACCACAGCCUCACUCAUUCAGCGUGGUGCCAGCAAAUCUCGGUGGCAGCCCGUUGUGCCCUAACCAGCUGGCUAUCUUAGAUCUUGUGACGUAUUAUGAUGUGGUGAAUAUGUGUGUUAGCGCGCGUACCUCUCCUGUUGUGCGUAUCAACCGUGCAGACGUCACAUAUACUGAUUCACUUGUGCGGAGUUCCUUUGCAUGUACACGCGGAGAGGAGGGGCAACCCACUGAACAUGAGGGGGGUCGAAGAGGAGGAGGAGGAGGAGGAGCCGUAUCUAGUGGUGAUGCGGCGAUAGUUCCACGGCGCAAGAAUACGCGACGUAUUCGAAAGUUUUUGAUGGCUCCUGAUGUUUCGCUCAAUUGUUUUGAACGUAAAUUUCUUUACAAGUUGAUGUUGGAGUGUUUUGAAAGCCCAUUUGAUGACGAGUUUGAAUAUACACCUGUAUCUGGUUUGCGCCGUGCUUCUGCUCCGGGCAUUAUGGUUCAGGAGCAGGCUACUACUAGUAGUAGUGCCUCUACUACUACUACUACUACUACUACUACUACUAAAGACACUAUUAGUUCAACCUGCUCAAUACCCACUGGAUCUGUUGACAAGUUGGAAGGUGAUGCAUGUUUACAUGUGGAAUUAGUACAUCCCGUGGAGCACGGGCAUUUGAAUGAUUUGCUGCGCAACAUUUUAAAAACGAGCACCACUUUGCGGGAGGAGAAGGAGGAGGAGGAGGAGGAGGAGGAGGAGGAAGGGGAUAAAGCAGCAGAAGCAGAGACAAGAAGCUGUGAAGAUGUAAAGAAGAAGAAGACGAAGACGAAGACGAAGACGAAGACAAAGAAUAAUGUAUCUGUCUAUGCAAUGAGUAGUUAUACGACUCCUCAAAUGACUAUGACUGCUGCAAAAAAGCGUCAAGUUUAUGCAUACCAAGCCGGGCCUGCUGGUAGAGCAAGUCGGGUAGCUUUGGAGCGUAAUACGUUGCGGUACCAAAGUUUUGACGAGUCACUGAUGUUGAUGAUGAAUGUUAAUGAAACAAAUAAUGCUGUGCCUAUAGUUGGAUCUGGUUUGCGCGGUACUCGUCAUGCUUGGGGUAAGCGAAUAGCUAUUUUUUGA